UUUUGAAAAACCCCAACCGGAAGUGGGUUGUUUUGCUCUGAUACACUUGACGCUGGUUCGUUCGGAGCAUCACAACAUUGUCUUGCUGCUUUGUUCCAGGGACAGAAAGCUUCGCAUUUGUCUUCAAUGCAGUGUGUAUGAAACCAGGAAAUGUCCACCAUGGUGUAUCCACGCGAAGAAGCCCUCGAGCGACUGAGCCAGGAUGAGAUCGUGCUCAAUACAAAGGCCGUCAUGCAGGGCCUGGAGACGCUGCGCGGUGAACACGCCCAGCUCCUCAACUCGCUGCUGGACUGCACGCAGCCGCCGGCAGCUCAGGAGAAAUCCGGGCUGCUCCGCAAGAGUCUGGAGGCCAUUGAGCUGGGCCUGGGGGAGGCACAGGUGAUCAUCGCGCUGUCGAGCCACCUGAGCGCCGUGGAGUCAGAGAAGCAGAAGCUGCGCGCUCAGGUGCGCCGCCUCUGCCAGGAGAACCAAUGGCUGCGCGACGAGCUGGCGGGCACACAGCACAAACUGCAGCGCAGCGAGCAGAGCGUGGCCCAGCUGGAGGAGGAGAAGAAGCACCUCGAGUUCAUGAACCAGAUCAAGAAGUUCGACGACGACGUCUCGCCGUCGGAGGAGAAGAACCAGAGCGCCGGCGGAGGUGGCAGCGGAGGAGGAGGGAGCGGGGGAGACAGUUCAAAAGACAGCCUGGACGACCUGUUCCCCAAUGAUGAUGACCAGGGACCGGCUCAGCCCAGCGGAGAGGUGGCUGCCCAGCAGGGAGGCUACGAGAUCCCAGCCCGCCUCCGAACACUGCACAACCUGGUGAUCCAGUACGCCUCUCAGGGCAGGUACGAGGUGGCCGUGCCGCUCUGCAAACAGGCCCUGGAGGACCUGGAGAAGACAUCCGGACACGACCACCCUGAUGUGGCCACCAUGCUCAACAUCCUGGCUCUCGUGUACAGGGAUCAGAACAAGUACAAAGAAGCGGCUCACCUCCUGAAUGACGCUCUGGCCAUCAGAGAGAAGACUCUGGGGAAGGAUCAUCCAGCUGUGGCCGCCACCCUCAACAACCUGGCUGUUCUGUACGGCAAGAGGGGCAAAUACAAGGAGGCUGAACCUCUGUGCAAGAGAGCCCUGGAGAUCAGAGAGAAGGUGUUGGGGAAGUACCACCCUGACGUAGCCAAGCAGCUGAACAACCUGGCGCUGCUGUGUCAGAACCAGGGCAAGUAUGACGAGGUGGAGUACUACUACAGACGGGCCCUGGAGAUCUACGAGUCCAAACUGGGAGCUGAUGACCCCAACGUGGCUAAGACCAAAAACAACCUGGCUACGUGCUACCUGAAGCAGGGGAAGUUCAAAGACGCGGAGGCUCUGUACAAAGAGAUCCUGACCCGAGCACACGAGAAGGAGUUUGGAUCCGUCAACAACGACAACAAGCCAAUCUGGAUGCAUGCAGAGGAGAGAGAGGAGAGCAAGGGGAACCGCAAAGACACGGGUCCUUACGUUGAGUAUGGGAGCUGGUACAAGGCCUGUAAAGUGGACAGCCCCACAGUGAACACCACCCUGAAGAGUCUGGGAGCUCUGUACCGUCGUCAGGGCAAACUGGAGGCUGCAGAGACUCUGGAGGAGUGUGCCAGCAAGACACGCAAACAGGGUAUUGAUGCCAUUAACCAGAGUAAGGUGGUGGAGCUGCUGAAGGACGGGGGCGCCGGAGGGGGGGACAGACGACACAGCAGGGAGGGAAUCAACGGGCCGGGGGGACAGAGGGGGGAGAACGAGGGCGAUGACUCUGCUGAAUGGAACGGGGACGGUAACGGGUCUCUGCGCCGCAGCGGCUCCUUCGGGAAGAUCCGUGACGCUCUGAGGAGGAGCAGUGAGAUGCUGGUGAAGAAGCUGCAGGGCAGCGGACCACAAGAACCCCGCAACCCCGGAAUGAAGAGAGCGAGCUCCCUGAACUUCCUCAACAAGAGCAUUGAGGAGACCACACAGGACGCCAACACCGGAUUCUCAGACUGCAGGGGACUGAGUGCCAGCAACGUGGACCUAUCCAGACGCAGCUCCCUGAUUGGCUAGGCAAACACAGGAUGGCGGGACUCGGUGGGACAGAGAUGGAGGAGGGGCUGUUUGCAGCUUAGGGUUUGAUCAAACAAACACACCUAAGAGCUCAAAGUGAGAUCAAACACUUCCACCUGCAGCGUAUUUUGUACAGAACACAAAAACAAACAAAGCAUUGAAUACACUAAACGCCAUCCUGACGCCAUGUUGGCUGCUGCGGCUGCUGCUUCGCUGUACAAACCGCCGCCCUCCAUCCCGAUAGAGAAUAUUUAGAUACACAUUAAUCAGCAUGCUGCUAACUAGAAAGAGGAAUGUCUGCACCUGAACGCCUCGUGAAUUUUCGACUCAUAGCACCGUAGCAAAAGCAUCGUAUCCACAUCGUGACGAGUCCACUCUCACGCGUGCAGACACUCCGACUUACGUAGGCGAAAACAAACCCCGGGUUCAGCUCUGAGAGAAGCAUCUCUCUCUGUAUAUUCCACCUGUAGCAUGAAGUAUGAGCUUAUGCUGACCACAUAUUGACUUCAUAUCAUAGCUGGUUUAAAAAAACGGUACACUAGGAUCCACUUCCAGUUAACACAAGCAGUCUUUGGGAUCAAACAGACGUUAGCACUAACCAUUCUCACCUCACUGUUUGCCUUCUAUGUUUUUAUGUAUAUACAGUUUUAAAUUAUUUCAUAUCUCAUUCUCUGUAUAUAGCGCACAAUGUGAUUUUCUUUGUUUUGCUUCUUGGUUUACACUUUACGGAGCGAUAGCAGGCCUCAGAAGGUGGAAGGAAAGUCGACGAGGAGGGGGGAAGACUGGAAAAAGAAGGAAAAGAAAUAAGGAGAUCCAAAAUGCUGAUAAAUGUAGUACCUCAGUGAUCCAAACCCCCUCAAUCGCAGCUUGUAUACGGGAGCAGAUAUUUAAAUGUCACGUCAUGUUCGUGGUUGAGAACCAGAGAAUCAAAAAGCUGUAGACAGUUCAUCCGAAAGUUACCUCACAUAUCUCUCAAGCAAUCAAAAACUACCUUUUCCCUUUGAAAGGAAGUAAAUCAAACACUUAUCAUUACUUUCAGGUACUUUCCCCUCUUUUAUUUUGAAAAUCUCUCACAUGUUUUCAGGUUUUUACCGGGCAGUAAAAAGUCUGAAUCGAAUGCUGUUAGCGACAUGUUUGACUAUGAGUUGUUUACAAUCAUUAAAGCAGGAUAUUUUAUCAUUUAAAGAGAUCAAUACCUCCCUUUAUGAGUGAUUUGAAGCAUCAGCUGCAUUCUUUGUGUUUCCUUAUUUACUGUUUUUAAUGUGCAUCACUGUGUGUGAGAUAAUCCUUCUUGUUUCGCCCUGUUGACUCCAUCAGUCAGAAUCAAACGAUCACAGAUGUCAUGAUUCUGCCCUCUCUGAAUGUGACGCUUUGUUCUGCUACACCCCUGCGCUUUUAUUUUGAAGGGUACUGCAAGAUGAUCAUGUGAAUGUUACAUUUAAUGUCGAUAUCUGGGUCAUUUACACUGGAUUUCUUUUUUGUGUGUGUGUGUGUGUGUUGUUUUGCAAAUCAGGAGCUAAACUCCGCCAAAAUAAGACCAAUACAAAGAGAAGCGUCCGCAGAAUGUACACGUUGGGUGAGAAGUCAGACUCAGGAAGCCGCGACUUCGCCUGUGAGGACUGUUUCUUCCUCUCUGCUUUCUCAUGUAAGGUGUUCUCAACCUUACUCUUCGACUUUUUAAACACGAGCAAAGCCAGACGACGUUAGAACUCAAACAGGCCGAGGUUUGAUUUCAUUACUGGUUUGAUGUGAAGGCGUUUCAUGAAACGAUGGUGCGUUCACAUCAUCGCCUGGAUGCCACAAUCUCCCGUGAAAUCAACUUUCGGUGAAGUUGCAUUGCUGAGUCUGAUUUUCUAAUCCUUCUAUCAGCUUCUGAAUGUGCGAGUUGGAAAAGAUGAAGUUCUCAAACGUGUGAAGGAGUGAAGGAAGUGUAUGUAAAAGGAAAGAUUUGGAAAGAUGGGGAAAUGUGCUUUAAGUGUCAUUAGCAGCAAAUAAUGUACAGAAUUCUACAACCUUUAUAUCUGUGUGUACUGUAUGUCACUAAAUGCAUAAGGAGGAGGAGGAAGAGGAAGAGGAGGAGGAGGAGGAGGAGGAGGAAUGUCUUUAGUUGUACACAAAGCUCAACACCAUGUAGUUGUGUAAAAAAAGUUCACAAAACCUCUUUUUCCGACACUGAUAGUUGGUUCCUGAACACAUCACAAUGUAAACCUGAUACUUAUUAAUCCUCUACUGUAUUAGUCAGACACUUCUCACACUCUUAAGUGAGUUUUCUGUUAGCCACACUCCGUCAAUGUUUCAACCUUUUCAAAAUAAAAGACCUGAGAGGAACAUGAAAUGUUAAAAUGUAAGAUUUGGAUGCUGCGCUUUCAAAAUAAAACAGCUUUAUUUUGUCUCGUGUUGAAAUAUUUAUGGGGAUGAAGAAAUGGUUGGUGUUGCCGGAUGAGGGUUUCGUGUGUGUAAUCAUCUAUUGCUGAUGGUUUGAUGGAUUUUAUUGUGAAAGGGCCAACCUUAAUGUGUAUUUUAUGAAAGGUUCAAUAAAAACAAAAAUCCACUUUUCAACCUGAA